CAUUUCUCCCCAAUUCCUCUCUCCAAUUACUGGUUUCCCGACUCAUAAACAAGAUUUAUACAACAAAUUAAUAGACCCACCUGUUUGGAAAUAUGGUGAAAUCAACUGAGAAUCAGCCGCCGGAGAGGAGGGACGAAGCUUCGUCUUCGUCGUCGUGUAAGUAUAAGGGUGUGAGGAAGCGGAAGUGGGGAAAAUAUGUUUCUGAAAUCAGGCUGCCUAAUUGUAGGGAGAGGAUUUGGUUGGGCUCCUACGACACGGCGGAGAAGGCGGCGCGUGCCUUCGACGCCGCCCUCUUCUGCCUCCGUGGUGGGAACGCUAAGUUUAACUUCCCCGACAACCCACCGGAUAUAGUCAACGGGAGGUCCUUGACGCCUGCCGAGAUUCAGGCCGCUGCUGCCCGCUUCGCACACUCGGGGUCGGACCCACUUGCAACCGGGAGCUCGGGUCGGGUCGAGAACCCGGAUAUCUCGCUGUCGGAUUCGCUGUCGUCCUCUGAGGUGUUGCAGCAUGCGGAGUCACCUUGUCCGUCGGUGUCGGACGGGCAACCUCAGCCGGACAGUGAAGUUACGGAAAUGCCACUGGACAAUGCGUUUAUGGACCAGUUCUUGAGCAUGGGCACGGAGAAUAACGUCCCGGAUUUCGGGCUAUUUCCGGGAUUCGAUGAUUUUCCAGGCGAUUAUAUGGCGCCGCUCUUACCAAGCGCCGAUUAUUACCCGGACAAUAACGAGGAAUUCCCUUCGCAGGAUUCAUUUCUUUGGAACUUUUAAGGAAUACAAUACAAAUAAGCUAAUUAAUUUUUCUAAUUAAUUUUUCCUUUUUUUUUUUGGUGGGUCAGAGAUUCUGGAAAUUUUUGCUGCUGGAAUUAUUGACCUUUUAAUCCAAAUAAGGAAAGAACAUAAAUAAGCCUGAUGAGCCCCUCUCUUAUUUUAUCAUCUUUCCGAGGAACAAAUGUUUGGAUCGGGGGGUGGAUGGAACAAUUUUUGUGUGCCCAUCAACGUCCUCUUUUUAUUUCAAUUCUCGUAUUCCUUCUUUUUUCCGUUUUUCUUGGAGGUAUGUCUCGAUUUUUCACUA